AUGGAUGUGGCCAAUAGCGCCAACUUCCCGGUUGACGACCCGGCAUCAUGUUCGGCCGAGCCACGGCGCAAGCAACGGGCAUCUCCAAUCUUUGGCAAGCUACCUCCAGAGCUACGUGCCCUGAUAUUCACUGAGCUCUUCGGCAGACGACGAGUUCAUCUCGAGUUUAUGCCUCAUCCCACGCGUGCCGACAAGGUGGGCAACAGGCGGCGAUGGCGCCACGGGAUUUGCGAGGAUGAGUGGGACGUCCCCUUUGGCCGUGUAAUCGGCCGCUCACACUACUGCCUCACCUCUGCCCGUCGGCGGGUUCUCGACAUCUCCAUGCUCUUCACGUGCUGGCAAGCGCUUGCGGAAGGGAUUCCUGUCUUGUACCAGAGCAACGUCUUCCUCAUCAUCAACACGUCAAGUCGAAGGAGGCCCGUUGAUGACAUACGCAGCCUGCAGGCCAAAAUCCCCAAGCACUGGCCUCUCAUUCGAUCGCUCGAGAUCAAAUGGGAGGUCGCCGCUUUUGACCGGAACCAGGCCAGCAUGGUGCCGCACCUCUGGGGUCGUGAGGCAUACGAAUCCUUAUGGGACGCUCUCGCGGAGAUGCCUGCCCUUGCUCACCUUCGAAUCGCCGUCCUGAUGCCUCGGUUCUGUUCCCGGUCCGAACCCAACAUAUCGUUCGACGAGCUGCGAGAUGUCUACUUAACACCGAUCCUGCGCCUCAAAGGCUUAAGGACAUGUGAGCUUACGAUGCCAAAGUCGUAUCGUCCUGUCUCGGACGGCGAGGAAUGGGAGUCGUUUAUGGCCCGUAGUGGGAGGGGGCAGUAUCACAUCUCGUGGAGUGACGACUCCGGGCUUGUGCCGUCGGAGCCAGCCCUUGCCGGAAUGUCGCGUGCACUUAUCGCGCUGACCUAG